AAUGUCGUGCGAACUUGAUAUGCUCUAACUUUCGUGAGCACUAUGACUUCGCCGGAUACCGAGAGUAUGACCUAUGAUAACUUUCACGAUCUUGAAUGGCCUCAUCUGUGAUAGAUGGAUACCCGGUGGUCACUAGAUGAAACGAAGUUUUGAUUUGAACUUCAUCAAUCACAUAAUUAAGGUAUAGUACUACAUGCCCUUUAACAACGCGGCCACAAGGCCACAUGGACAUGGCGUGUUCAGCGCGAGUCAGCGCUUAUAGUUCUUGGAUUCGUUAACUCUACAGAAUGACACGACGUCGCAAGAAUACACCCAAACAACAAGCCAGGACAGAGCCUGCAGGAGAAGCCCAAGAGACAGACGGCUCUCCGAGUCUGUCACGGUGUGCACCAACGACACAAUACCACCAUUUCAUUCCACGGUUCAUAUUGAGAAGAUUCCAAGUCGGACCUGUGAAGUCCAAAACAGAACGACAAAAAGAAUUUCGACGCACAGGUGUUGAUCCUGAAUACGUCCACUACUAUGACAUUGCUACGGGUAGCCUUGACAUUCGUCCUAUUGGAAAGGUUUACGGCGUACCGAAUUUCUACCAGGAUGUCCAAAACACCCGUAACAUCAACGAACUAGAGGAGAAAUUAGCGGACCUCGAACGUCAUGCAGCCUCCAUUAUCAUGGACUUGCAUAAAGUGCUUCCUCAGGGUACUUUCACUCUGAAGCGGAGGCCGUUGGAGCUCCUGCGGAAGUUUCUGUUCAUCAUGCAUUAUCGCAAGGUAUCGUGUUCGGGCGCCUACUUCCAAGCAGAUCACCCGGAGAACGCAAGGAGCCGUCAGUGGAUUGAGUCCUUCAUGAAGGCGAAGGGUAUUCAAUCUUCUAUCGGCGUAUGGCUAUACUUCCUCAGAUACUACCUGGACACAUCACAUUCAGAUAUCAUGCGAGAUGCCGCGGAACUCGUAGAUAAGUACGGCGAAGAAGGUCUUCUAAAAAUGAUCACUGAAUCACAUAUUCCACCUGAUGUCGAAAACUACCCAGCUUACACUUACCACACUCACGCGAACAACGCCUUCUUCAGUAUCUGGGAGGCUGCGGAAGGGGAAGAAUUUAUCCUCACGCACAACGGAUUCGGUUUAUGGGAAGGCUUAGGAGGUGGCUGCCCUGGCCUUCACCGCAUAUUUGUAGUCAGCCCUCGCAUUGCUAUUGUCUUGUGCAAUAUCGUCUUACGCCCAGACAUAAAAAAAUACGCAAAGCCGGGUUCGCUCGUGAGCUCCUUGCUCCACGUGAAUCCAGCACCAGCAACUCCAAUUUACACCAGUGGAGAACGUGCUAUACCCAUGAAUUCCGAAUCCGCAAUGGCGCUUGCACGUUACAGAUCCUCCCAGGAAGGGGCAAAUGACAGUUUUGUGUUCAAGAUUACAAAACUAUCGCGACCUCAGACAUUGGAGUUUAAUUCCGUUCUAUUGGUCAAUGUGACGAAGACAGGCUCUUUGACCUUCCUGUCAAAGAGUAAUGCGCUCCGCACCGUGCGUGUAUUCCGGAGUUUGCCAGCCAAUUUCCUUGCGAGCGAGCUGCUCGUUCCGCUCAUUGCGCGAUUGACGGAUACCAUGGAGACAGAAGCGUCAGCUCUUCGCCCACCAUUACAGUCGCCAGAAGCUGUCCUCCACCCGAAAGUUGACGCCCUUACACUCGUUGAUGUAGUGCUCUAUGUGCUUCUAAUGCAGAUAUGCACGGGUAGCAGGCGGUUCGAAACGGCAUAUGACAGGGCACACCUAGUCUUUAAAAUCAUGGAGAAAGCAAAGCCCACGUCAUUCGCAGACGAAAUCAACCGAGAAGUCGAGAAGGCUUUCAAGGUUUGCAAAGAAUCGGAGGAUGAGAUGCCUGAAGGAGAGGGCAUCAGUUUCGCCCCCUUGCUUUCUUCGAUUUCCGACGAGUCGUCUUCUCAACUCUUCCAAUUCAUGAUACCUUACAUGAGCAGACUUGGCGCGGUGAUGUCUGAAGGUGAAGAGAUUUUGGAAGAGCUCCAAGAUGAAGUCACUGUAGUGAGCUUUCUUGCACGUGCGUCAAGCAGCCCAGCAGUGUGGCAUACACUCUCGUGUACUAGCCCACAGGCCUCCGAAAUCUUGUCAAGACUAUUCAAAAAAGACACCCCAACAGAUGAAAGUGUUAGGAGUUUCAUGCGGUCUAUGUAUGAGCACGCUUCGCCAUCAUCUCUCUCUUCCGGGUUUCACCUGGCAUAUUUUUUACGAGAAAUAUGCGGCAUGACUGGGCCGACUACCAAUCUCAUCAGUCAGCGCUAUUACCGGUUGACCGCAUUCCUAAUCGAAGGUCUUGGUCGCACAAUGCUAGGGUCCCUACCAGAACCAUAUUCCUCGCAGCCGCGCGAGAGGCCCAAGGCCCGGCUCUUUUACAAGAUGUCAGAAGAGCAUUCAAAAUUGCUUUUCUCGAAUAUGAAAGUGAUGCUGCGAGAUGUGGGAUACGAGCCGUCGCCGGGAGGGAGUACUUUAGGCCAAACCCUCAGUAAGUGGGUAGACGAGAUGGCCAUCGUUGGCUGUCUUGCAUGGUUAGGAAAGCACAGAAGAAAUUUUUUGGACUUUCUUCUGGAUCAGUUUCCGCAGGGUAUGAAUCUCAAGCUGUUUGAGGAUGAAGAAGCCACUGGGAGUGUCUAAAUCGGCUUGUUCGAAACUGAUCUUUUAUAUAUAACGCAUUCAAGAUCACUUACUGAGACGUGCAUCAGUUGUACACAUUUUUGGAAUAGAAUGAGGAUUCAUUGAUCGGCAAGACAUUGUUGACAGUGGCUUCAACAUUAACGCCAAGGCUUAGUAU